AUGAUUCCCGACUUCAAUCCCAAAAAUUACACCAAAAUAUCUCCUUUGACCGUCGACGGGUGCAACAAGUUACCUGUCAUAACGGAAGCUCAUGACCGACUGUGCAAUGAGCUAGGGAGAUUGGAUUUCGCGAAGGACUUUCUCGGUCGUAACGACAUACGCACACUAUUUCUGGAGGGAGCGGAAGCACGCCGAUUCGGGAUUUUUGUCGCGCACCGUUCCAGCAUCCUUCUUGAGGAAGGAGAACGUAUAGUCACAUCCAUGCCGGAGAACACAUACACUGCGCCAGCUCGAGAUAUUCGAGCUACUUUCUCCUCCAUUACUCUGCCCAGGGCAAGAGAAUGGUGUGAAUCUAGGCAUAUCGUGGCAACUAGCUGGGUGCUCGUCGAUGGAAAGUUUAUGGAGUACGAGUACAACGACAUGACGGGCGUCACCUGCAAUCAUUACCCGUCGCCACCCUCACCGAGCUUUCUGCGAAACUUCCAUCGUAUCUGUACGGAAUUUGGCCUCACCGGGUUGGGCCUUUUCUCUCUAGACUUUUUCGGAGGCACAGUUGAUUUUGACAAUCUCCUUGUGCGGGGAUCCUGCAAUGGAUUCCCCCGUGGGCGUACGACCAGGUGGCUCCGAAGAGGCGAACUCCAAGGUGACAUGGUCCCGGAGGCUUGGGUUCCUGGAUCGACAAAGGAACCGUGGCUAGUUGGUAGAGUGGAGGACCUCGCGGAGCUCAAGUUCAACUAUCAAUCCUACAAUCGCCUCCACCUCGUCCAAGACGCCAACCAAGAGCUUCGACGUCAGGUCCUGAGCAACGAGGGAUGGACGAAACUUUACGAUUUUUUCCAAACGAGAGAACUCCGACGGCUAUUUUUGGAUGGACAGGAGGCAGGUCGAUUUGGAAUAUGCCUCGUUCACCGCCACCACGCUCUUCAUGAAGGCGAACGAAUGGUCACGAACAUACAGGAAGAUGGGGCAGAGGGUGUGACGAUCUCUUCCCCAAUUCGUUCGGAUGAAAGCACCGGCUCUGGUUCCGCGCAGUGCAUCGCCGCGACUAGCUGGAUGCUCGUGGACGGCAAAUUCGAAGAAUUCGAGCACAAACUGAUUAGCCAAGAUGAGGAUCAUACGCGUUAUAUUCCACCAUCACGCCGCUUCUUUGCGGAGUUCCUCCAGAUCUGCCAGCGCUAUCACAUUGAUACCUUGGGCAUUUUUUCGAUGGAGCUCCCCUUUAUCCAACCUCGCGAUAGCAGCAUCGGUGUAGAUGCACCACCUGAUUUUUCGUAUGUCUUUCUGGAGAGUACAGACGAAGUCACAAGAGAACAUAGGAUGAAGCUAGUCUUGCGAUCAACCAUCCAGAACAAGGAGACGAGCAAAUCGGCUUGGGUCUUAUCGCGAGUCGCAAAGGAAUAUGAAAAACACGUCAAGGCAGUUGAACGCAAUGUAUGUAUCGAAGACGAGGACCAGAUCGCUCUCAUGGAGGGAGCUGAAAAGAAUGGCGAUUAUGGAAUGCAGCCGUCGCCGAAUGCGGGUCACCGUUUCAAGUUGGACAUGAUGAAGUUCUCGCAGGGGUCGAACAUGGCUGUUUUUGAUUCUCUUGGCAACGACGGAAGCUUCGACCUGGGCAUCGUUAGGGAUCGCGUUUGGACGACAAAGUAA